AUGCUCGUGGAAAUGAGACCCGUUGAGUCCAGCGAGAACAUAACGAUCAUGGACGAGAUCGACGAGCUGUUAGGCACCCGGAGGAGUUACGGCUGGAACUCGGGUUCGCGGCCAUCGAUGAUCAGUGCCAAGUACCGGCUGAAGGAAGAGCGGCGCAAGGUGCUCAAGAUAUCCGUGAAUAAGAUGAAGAAGAUCGACGACGCCGAGAGUUCGUUGUGCCGGUCCGUGUUGAUCAACAACACGGUGAAGAGGCUGCAGGCCGAGACCAGGGACGACCGGACCACGGGACGGACGUCGCCCGCCUCGCCGCCCUCGCCGACGUCCGCAGGUUACGGUUACCACAGUCCUCAGCAGUCGCAACCCUGCGGCGGCCAGGGCGGUAACCCGCAGCUCGUGGACAUCACCAACCUCAGGGAAUCGUCCUGCACCAACGGCACCGGCGGCGUUGGAGUUGGCGGUAACGCGGUCACGGUCGGCAAGACCCUGGCCAACAACAACAACAACAAUAUAAGCAGCAACAACAACAAUAAACCGCUGACGGAAGCUCAGUCGUUAAUGUUGGCGGCCGACCACCACCACCACCAUCACCACCUACUACACCACCACCACUUACAACACCACCACCACAACAACAACCACCAUCACCACCACCACCAUCAACAACUACAACAGCAACAACACCACCAUCACCUACACCACCACCACCACCAGCAGCAGCAGCAGCAGUCGUCGUCUGCGACCGCGCCCUGUGGACCGUUACCGUACGGGUACGAUGACGAAGUGGACGACGAAGAUGUUGACGACGAAGAAGUGGACGACGACGACGUGGAUGACGACACGAUCGCAUCCAUAAUGAUGCAUCUGCCGUCGUCAUCACCCCGUGGCAAGCGGAAGCGGUGCGUGGACGAACCACUCGACGAUCUGCUUUCGCAGUUCAUCAACAACAACCAGCGCGAGGACGAGGAUGUAAACGUGGUCGACCUGGACCUGCACGAGUAUCCGGCAGCCAAAAGACUGAGAACGGACGAGGCAGCCGCCGCAGCGGCCGCAGCAGCGGUGGCCGCCGUCGUGGCGGGCACCACCCCGUCAGCAGCAGACGCCGCGCCGUUGGCCACCGACCUGUGUUCGCCCGACUGUUGGUCGCUGAUGGACGCGUGUUGCGACGACUCUCUCGACCUGUACGGCGGCCAGGUGCCGGCGGCGGUCGAACACCAGGACGUGCUGCUGCAGCCCACCUCCGUCACCGCCACGUCGGUGGACUGCUGUUCGUCGCUGUCGCUGCCUCCGCCGCCCCCGUCACUCGACGAACAGCAUCAGCAUUACGGCGUGGGCGCGUCGUCGUCGUCGGCCACCGGGUCCACGUCGCCGACGAACCUGUCCUGCGGACAGGCGUCCAUGUUCAGCGAGAUGCAGUCGGCAAUGUUCCGCAACCUGAUCGCCUCGCUCGAGUCUUAA